CUCGUUCGGUAAGCGAUUACACUUGUCUGAUUUCUGAAAACAUGGCGAAUUUUGUAGAGGCAUCAUCCUCGCAGCAGUUUGAGGACUUGCUAUCAAAGGCUGGGAAGUGCCUGACAGUGGUCCAUUUCCAGGCAACAUGGGCCCCUCAGUGCAGCCAGAUGAACGACGUCAUGGAAGAGUUGGCCAAGGAACACCAACACACCAUGUUUGUCAAGCUGGAGGCAGAAACAGUGCCAGAGGUAUCAGAGAAAUAUGAAAUCGCCUCAGUUCCUACCUUCCUGUUCUUCAAGAGUGGCCAGAAGAUUGACAGGCUGGACGGAGCCCACGCCCCUGAGCUGACCAAUAAGGUCCAGAGGCUUGCGGUCACCUCGGGGACGCCGGGAGGCCCGGUGGCGGUGGGAGAGCACCCCAAAGAGGACCUUAACGAGCGUCUGAAGAGGCUGAUCAACGCUGCGCCCUGCAUGCUUUUCAUGAAGGGAUCCCCACAGGAACCCCGCUGUGGGUUCAGCCGUCAGAUCGUGGCGUUGUUCAAGGAGAAGGAUGUCCAGUACAGCAGCUUUGACAUCCUGUCGGAUGAGGAUGUGAGACAGGGGCUAAAGACCUUUUCCAACUGGCCUACGUACCCACAGGUCUAUGUCAAUGGGGAACUGGUAGGAGGACUGGACAUUGUCAAGGAGCUUGCAGAAUCUGGAGAGCUGGAAAACACCUUCCCCAAGUCAGUCACCCUGGAGCACAGGUUGAAGUCGAUCAUCAACAGCAAUCCAGUCAUGCUGUUCAUGAAGGGCAAUAAAGAGCAGGCCAAAUGCGGUUUCAGUCGUCAGAUACUUGAGAUAAUGAACUGUGCCGGAGUGGAAUACAGUACCUUUGAUAUACUUGAAGAUGAGGAGGUCAGACAGGGUCUGAAGACGUACUCCAACUGGCCUACGUACCCACAGCUUUACGUGAAAGGGGAGCUUAUUGGGGGAUUGGACAUUGUCAAGGAGCUGAAGGAGAGCGGAGACCUCUCUUCUGUCUUGAGAGGGGAAAGCUAGACGCCACCAGAGCUGUUACUGGAAUGGGAACAAGCUAUGAGCUACUGGACCGCCGUGGCCCCUCUGCCCUCUUAGCACUUCCUUGAACCUCUUUGCUUCUUUUACCCUGCCUUUGAAAGUAACAAGGAAUAAUAUACCUUAUUAUCCACCCAUUUUCUUUUUCUGAAGUCAGCAUACACACUAUCAAAAUGUAUCUGAAUAAAAACCUAUCGGUGAAGUUGCCAUCCGCUGCUCAUAGAAUAAAGUCAUCCAUUAUUUGA